AUGGAUUUGGAUAUAUUGACGGCAGGUUCACAAGAGCAAAGAAGAAGGAUUGUGCCCCUUUUUCAAGUUGAUUACGAUCCAACUCUAUGUAAACCUCUCGGCACGAUAUCGGACUUCAGCAAAUUUCGGCUUCGAAAGCAGGCAGCUUCUUUGACUCAAAAUAAUUUUAGUCCAUCGCGAAGUCCAACUCCCGAUACAACGGAUAGACGAAGUCCUGAUCUUUCUUUACAAAUUAAUGAAGUAAUUCCAGUAGCUCAUUCAAAAAAACUACCAGAUUAUAGACAGAACGCAUUAACGGUAUUCGAAUUCUCCACCGUAUAUCCUUUUAUAUACGGAAACAAUAAUUUCAAAUGCUUCAUCUGCUCCCAACAAUUUCUUGACUUGAAUUUGCUGAAAGGCCACAUGCGUGACCACACUUUUGCUCCCUUAAAGAGACUCAUCAAUAAUAAGCGCGAGAACGUGCUAAAAGUCGAUAUAAGCGAUCUCACUUGCAAAUUAUGUUCAGCUAACAUGACAGAUUUACUCCAAUUGAAAUAUCAUUUGAAGGAAGAUCAUCAGAAACCUAUAGACCCUGACUUGCAGGACAUGUUGAUACCAUUCAAACUUGAUUUUGCAAACGAGCUUUAUAACUGCGUUAUUUGCCAGCAGAAUUUUAUCAAAGUCAGACUUCUGGUGAUUCAUAUGAGCGUACACUUCAAUAAUUAUAGCUGUGAAAUAUGCGGGUCUUGUUUUAUGACACUGCGUCUGCUGAAAAAACACUUGGAGGUACAUGAGACUGGUAAUUUUGCGUGUGAUAAGUGCGACAAGGUAUUUACCACGUCUUAUAAGAGGGCACUUCAUGUCCGAGGCGUUCAUUUAAAGCAAUAUCCUCGGAGAUGCCCUAUGUGUCCAGAAAGAUUUAAUUCUAACUACCGCAGGACAAUACAUCUUCAAGAUGUCCACAAUCAGUCGACUAGGGUUCACAAAUGUGAAACUUGUGGUCGAGGAUUCAACCUGAAGUACCAUUUGAUAUGCCAUACGCGUUCAGUGCAUUUGCAGGAAAGAAAUCAUCAGUGCAAAGUUUGCUUACAGAGGUUUUGUAAUAAGGAGACUUUAAAACGCCAUAUGAUCAUACAUACUGGGGAGAAAAAACACAAGUGCGAUUAUUGUGGGCUCGCCUUUUUGAGGCGCAAGAACUUGAAGGAUCAUUUGAGGAUGCACGAAGCUGUUAUGACUACGAUGUAAGUUGAAAAUCAUACAGGCCCAAUUUCUCUAACUCCCUUAAAUUUAAAUAAUUAAUCGGUAUUUAUUACAUGGGAAAGGACAUUGACCAAUAGUAAUCAAGCUAUGUUUCAUGGUGCACAUAAAAAUAAUAUAAUAUGUAUUAUUUUCUCAUUUUAUACCACUUUUUUAAUUCAGAAAUUUUGUUCUCGUAUCCGAAAUUAUUAUUUAAAUAAAAACAGUAUUUUAACAAUUUUUACGCAUUUUUUCCGGAUAAAAGCAAGGUAUGGAUGUAUCGUUCUCUAUAUUUUUACGAGUUUCGUAAGUAAAUUCAUAAAUGUAUUCUUCUGUCAAUAAUAUUUUUUUUGUGUCUCACGCAGGCGCAACUGUCAGGACAGUUGACAGUUGACGAUUCGUUGUCUGCGACGGUCACUAAUGAUCAUAAUGUAUCGAUAGGGGUUUGAACUGUUGUAAAUUAAAAGUUAAUACAUAGGUAGAUAUGAAUAAUAUGUUUUUUUUUUCAAAUUAGCAGCUCGUGACUUGUUUUGUCCUUAAACUAGCAUUCAUUCUAGUGGUGCAUAAAUGAGAAAACUAUGAGUAUUUCGAAAUUCAAACGUAAAAUUUUUGUAUUUUUACCUGUUAUUACGGCCCGACUAUGUAAUUGAAUCUCAAUUUUGAUUUAUUUUAGAAUUUGGAUACAGACUAAUGUGAUUUUAUUUUAAAUAUACAACUACAUGUCACGCUAUUUACAAUGGCGUUUUAAACUCAGAUCUCGAUAUCGAUAAUAAAAGUGUGUGUGUACUUUAUGUAUGCACGCAAGAAGUUAUACUUCUUUGGCCUAACGAAGCAAAAACGUUUAAAUGAUUUACGUUUUUAGAAAGAACAAUUAAAAAUUAAUUUUUAAAUAUUGAAUACGGCUGCAUGGGCUUAAACCCGUUGCCUAUCCUAAUAAUGGACGAAGAAACCAAAAAAAAAUAACGAAUGAUGCAAACGUCAGAAAACUUUAGGAACAACUUUAACCUGUUACUGUUGUGUUACAGUGAUGCGCGCUCAUCUUAAAAUUUAAAUCUCGUCAUUUUUUCAUAACGCACCUAAAGAAAUAUAACUUCAAAAAUCUCACACAUAGCACACUGGUUAUUGAAUAUUGUUGAGUUGUGUGAACGUAUAUAGCACCAAAAUGAAAGACGAAAUAUGUUAAGUAUUAAGUUACGUAAUCAAGUGCUAUGAGAUUUGUUUAGCUUUAAAUAAUAUUGUGCAACAUUACCUUCACAAUAUAUAAUCUAAGUAAAUUAUUAAUUAAUUGCUUUCAUUACAUGUGUAAAUGCAACAUGAACAAAAAGUAUUCUAUUAUAAUGCUGUCAUAAAACGUAUAUAUAAUAAAUGGACGAUUUUAUAUAUCAGAGUUUUA